CUGUCGUGUACGCUUUAAACAGACUGUGUCUGCAGCAUGUCUCAAUCUUGUAGCACGAGCACUUGUGGUGCAUGCACUAGCAGUGUAAGGAGAGGGAGUCUUUCCAAGAUAGCUGCAAACAUCGCCGAAGCAGAGCUCCUGCAGGAACUUUGCUGCUUUUACCGAUUGACAUACUGAUGCUGGAUGUGGAUCGCAAUCGCCCAGAUUUAUCCACACCUUUGUUUGUUUUUUCUUUGGAGAGCUGGUUUAAACACCUGUGGCUUGAAACAUAAGAAAAACCGACAAAUCUGCAGAUGGAUGGAGUUUCCAGUGCUGGCCUCCAUGCUGGAUCUUUGUUUUGCACACAUCUAUCGUGGAUGUAUGGAGAGAUAUCUGUGAUUUUGUCCACCAGGGCUCCACAGUCACGUGACUGAAAACUACCUUAAAAAGUCCGAUGAAGAGUUGUGGAAAUGACACGUUUUCAUGCAUAUGAUGCCCAAUGCUCCACAGAGGAGAUUUAGUAAUUUAGGAUUUACGUUACUUGUGUGGAUUAAAGCCUCUCAGCUGCAUUUUUCUUACAGGGUAAGAGCAUUUUGCCUAACCCGACUUAAACCACCAACUUAUCUGUGACUGUCAUAUAUUAGCUAACCUUCCCCUUGGCUGCUGGAGCACAGUCACAUCGCUUUAUAGCAGCUGUAAAGCAUCCUCCGGUGUUAUCUUUAUAACCCGCCUGUGGUGGGACAAGUUCUUCUCUGCAGUUUAUGAAAGUGUCCAAGUCAUGCCUUUUUUAGAAUUCAUAGCUGGGAGCAUUUCCGGUGCAGUGGGACUUGCAGUUGGACAUCCAUUAGACACUGUGAAGGUGCGCCUGCAGGCCCAGUCUGUGUACAAAGGGAUAUUUGACUGUUUAUCUAAAACAUACUCUAAUGAGGGGCUCCGUGGAUUCUUCAAGGGCAUGGCAUUUCCGGUGCUGACCACAGGCAUCACAAACUCUGUUGUCUUUGGUUCAUACAGUAAUGCCUUAGAUUACCUCACUCAGUCUCAGCGCAGUGACCGCAAUCAGGGCAAACCGGCCUCUGCUGCACAGGUCUACGCAGCCGGCUCCUUCUCAGGUCUGGUGCAGGUGUUUGUUUUGGCACCCAUUGACCUGGUGAAGGUGCGUCUGCAGGGUCAAACAACUGCUGUCCGAUACCGGGGACCCAUUCACUGUGUUGCCGUCAUCCUGAAGGAGGAGGGGCCCAGGGGUCUGUUCAGAGGAGGGUUUGCCCUCGCCCUGAGGGACGUACCCUGCUAUGGACUCUACUUUUUGCCUUACGAGGUCACUCGAAAGGCUCUGACCGAGACUGGCAAAGAGUCAGGUACAUUUGCAAUAUUGAUGGCAGGGGGCUUGGCGGGAGUGGUGACCUGGGCCUUUGCCACACCCAUGGACGUGGUGAAAGCCCGGCUCCAGAUGUCAGGAGCUGGCGGCCGGGAGUACAGCGGGGUCCUCCACUGCAUGAGAGAGAGCGUCAGAGAGGAGGGAGUGAGGGUCUUUUUCAAAGGCCUGACACUGAACAGCCUGAGGGCCUUCCCCGUCAACGCCGUCACCUUCCUCAGCUACGAGAUGCUGAUGAGGACUUUCUGUCCACCGACGAGAUGACCUCACUCUGUGCCGCACCUUUGAAAGAUCUCCCCAUGUUGUGGAGGAUUUAUUCAUACACAACAUGGCUGUAGGUUAGAUAUUCUCAGGAAGACUUGACAUUAUCAGUUGAAAUGGUCUCAGUUUUAGACAAUCUGAAGAUGAUGAGUAUUGAAAUACUGCUUUUUUCAGUUUCGUAAGUCUGUGUGGAAUAGGUCAACUCUCAUUCAGCAAGGAUCAAAAACUUGAACACACUGCAGCUAAGCGUAAUUGAUGAAAAUGUUCAAAUUCAGCUCCAGCUGAGUUUCUUGUGACUCGCACAGCUUUAAUGGAGGAUAUCACGGCGAAGCUGCUCAUGUUUACUGGACAUCAGAUCCAUUGUGCUACAAAAUAUGAAUGUAACUGUAAAAGGUGCAUUUUCAACUAUAGGUUUUACAUUUUAUUUCAAAGCAUUUUCUUUCUCUCAAUUUUCUAAUAAAUGAACAACGGAAAGAAUGUAGAUGAUUGAUU